AUGGCCCACAGAAACAAGGGCGCGACUUCCAAGUCCAGCCACUCCAAGAAGAAGCCUGCGGAAGAGCCAGUAAUUACAAGCCACAACAUGGACUCCCUGGGCUUCCAAGCUAUGGAUAGCAACGUCCCUGGUCUGUCGCAGGUCAUCCUGAAGAAGCUCAACAUGAAGAGCUAUGACGAAUACAAGUCUGCCAUGGAUGGGAAGAAGCUGGGGAUGGAUUUCGGGAUCCGGACUUAUUUUGACAUGUUUCAAAAAAUGGAGGACACCUUCAAAUUCUGUGCUGAGUGCAAGAAACUCCCCGAUGCCCUCCCUGACCCCAGAAGCCUCCGGCGAUGCAAAAGGUGCCAGAACGUGUAUUACUGCAACUCAGAGUGCCAACGGGCCAACUGGCCUGUGCACAAGAAGUUGUGUAAGAAGCUGAGGUUGGUAGCUCUUGACCGGCUGGUAGAAUGGCUCGUCUUCACAGGUGACAUCCCAUUCCCCACGGCGACCUGGACAAAGCACAUACAGGAGGUGAAAAGCUGGGAAGACUGGUUCUCCAUGCAGGAGCACCUGGAAGAAAAGCUGAGCGCUAUACUGACCGGGCGUUAUAUGAACAUCCUCUGGGCCAACGUGGGGAAGCCAAAGCCAGAGGAGGGAGAGCUGCUGGAGUCUGUCAAACGGCUGACCACAGACUUCCAGUCCAGGCCGAUCACCAUCGGCUUGGCGCUGCAUGCUUUCGGCAUUGAUCUCUAUACCAAGCCUGUCACGGUGCAUGUCAUAGGGGCUUCCCAUAUCGAGACCCUCAACACCCGGGUGACAGAUUACGAUGAGCUGACACGGGUGUUUCCUGGGCACCAGGGCAUCGAGGUAGUAAUGGUGGGAGUCAAUGUGGUAGAUGGACCCAUCAUGAGGCCUCCGCUGACAGCGUUCGGACCCAGGGGAAGAGUCUAUCUCAGCAGCUACAAGUCGCUUUAUCCUGACUUCUGGGAAUCACAGGUGGAGACUCAUCAGGCUGCCCGCCCAGACCUUGUGGUGGGCUUUCAUCCAGGAUUACAUGCCUGCCUGGAUGUGAUGGAAGGCUGGCUCCCCACACUGCUGCUGCUGCGGGACUACAAGAUCCCCACCCUUUUCACCGUCUACAACGAGCAGGAGCUGAAGUACUCCCUGAAAAUCCUGACAGAGCUGGAGACCCAGAUCACAGGCUACGGAGCCAAUCCCUUCGCCUCUCUCAAGCCGGAGCAGGUCUAUUCCAACCCCAACACGUCACCCAUCUACUGCAGUGCCUACUACAUCAUGUGCCACGGGCUGGCUGGCACCCCGGAUGAGCCAGACAUGGGGGGGUUAGAUGGGGCUGAGGACAGAGGGGAGUAG